UGUGUGUUUGUGUGUGCAAAGAGCGCCUCUCUUUUCUCCCUGCUCAUUUCUGUACGGCUGGCCACCUUCCUUCUCCCCAGUUGCUGAGCGCCGUUGGCUGUUCAGAGCGGUUUUGGCUCCUUCCCUUAGUAACAGCUUUUACAUUCUGCCUCAAUUCCUCUUCAAUCGAAAUCACACACACGCACACACACGCACAACACACACACAUAUAUACAUGCACACAACGCGCGCGCGCGCACACACAUAAAGCAUUACUCCCCCCCCCCCCUUUGAUUGCCUCCUCCUCCUCCUCCUUCCUUGGGACUUAAUCUAUAAUUUCCCCCCACCGCUUCUCGCUUCCCCCCCCCCCCCUCCAGCAGCACCAGCUCUCUCUCUCUCUCUCUCUCUCAACACACACACACACACAUACCCCUCACCCAGACUCGGGUCAUAAUUGAAUACAUUGCAUUUCCAACCCCCCCUCCCCCCCUUUUCCCGGUGGCUACUUGAAGUCUCUCUCUCUCUCUCUCUCUUUUUUUUUUUCUUUUCCCCUUCCCUUCCCCCCCUUUGGGCUGCACCCGCAAUUGCAAACCCAUAUAUUAUACCUCUUAAGAGAAGGAGGAAGCUGCAUGAAAUAUAGCUCUAUGUGUGUCAGCGUGGGGGGCUUUUUCCUCCUCUUUUGCCUCCAUUGCAAAAGGAGGGGGGGCGGAGAGCCAUACUAAGCCAUCAAUUGCAAGUGUAACUCUUGUCCCGUGGCGAGUUGUCCUCCAGCGAAUUGACCAUGGUGAGUUGGCUGAGCAAGUUGGCCAUGGCGAGUUGGGCAAGUACCAUCUUCCUGUGAUAGGAGGCUCCUAAGAGGAAACCUUCUACCUAUCAAUGCACGACCAAUGGGUUAUAUCCUUCAUCGUGACCUCAUGGUUUAAGCGGGCAUAAAGAUGAGUAUAAGCAGUGAUGAGGUUAACUUCCUCGUAUAUAGAUAUUUGCAAGAGUCCGGGUUUUCUCAUUCAGCAUUUACCUUCGGUAUCGAGAGCCAUAUCAGCCAAUCCAACAUCAACGGUGCUCUGGUGCCCCCAGCUGCUUUGAUUUCAAUAAUUCAAAAAGGCCUGCAGUAUGUGGAGGCGGAAGUCAGUAUUAAUGAGGAUGGUACUUUGUUUGAUGGCCGGCCGAUAGAGUCUCUCUCGCUGAUAGACGCCGUGAUGCCCGAUGUGGUGCAAACGAGGCAGCAGGCAUACAGAGACAAACUUGCUCAGCAACAGGCAGCCGCGGCCGCAGCCGCAGCGGCUUCAACAAACCAGCAAGGAUCUACGAAAAAUGGUGAAAAUACUGCAAACGGAGAGGAGAAUGGAGCCCAUACUAUAGCAAAUAAUCAUACAGAUAUGAUGGAAGUGGAUGGUGAUGUUGAAAUCCCUCCUAACAAAGCAGUGGUGCUGCGGGGUCACGAAUCUGAAGUUUUCAUCUGCGCCUGGAACCCUGUCAGUGAUCUUUUGGCCUCAGGAUCUGGAGAUUCAACGGCAAGAAUCUGGAAUCUUAGUGAAAAUAGUACCAGCGGAUCUACGCAGCUGGUGCUUCGGCACUGUAUACGAGAAGGAGGGCAAGACGUACCAAGUAACAAAGAUGUAACAUCUCUGGAUUGGAAUAGUGAAGGUACGCUCCUAGCAACGGGGUCGUAUGAUGGUUUUGCAAGGAUAUGGACUAAAGAUGGUAAUCUUGCCAGCACAUUAGGACAGCAUAAAGGUCCCAUAUUUGCAUUAAAAUGGAAUAAGAAAGGAAACUUCAUUUUAAGUGCAGGUGUGGACAAGACCACAAUUAUUUGGGAUGCACAUACUGGAGAAGCCAAACAGCAGUUUCCUUUUCAUUCUGCACCAGCGUUAGAUGUUGACUGGCAGAGCAACAACACAUUUGCCUCCUGUAGUACAGAUAUGUGUAUUCAUGUCUGUAAAUUAGGUCAAGAUAAACCCAUCAAAACCUUCCAGGGCCACACAAAUGAAGUAAAUGCAAUCAAAUGGGAUCCCACUGGUAAUCUUCUGGCUUCUUGUUCCGAUGACAUGACUCUAAAGAUCUGGAGUAUGAAGCAAGAUAGCUGUGUUCAUGAUCUGCAGGCCCACAACAAAGAAAUUUAUACUAUCAAAUGGAGCCCUACAGGGCCAGGAACAAACAAUCCAAACGCCAAUCUAAUGUUAGCAAGUGCAUCCUUUGAUUCUACAGUCAGGUUAUGGGACGUAGACCGAGGGAUUUGCAUCCACACCUUGACGAAACAUCAAGAACCUGUGUACAGUGUAGCUUUCAGUCCUGAUGGUAGAUAUCUGGCCAGUGGUUCUUUCGACAAAUGUGUACACAUCUGGAAUACACAGACGGGUGCUCUGGUGCAUAGUUAUCGGGGGACAGGAGGCAUUUUUGAGGUUUGCUGGAAUGCAGCAGGAGACAAAGUUGGAGCGAGUGCUUCAGAUGGUUCAGUUUGCGUACUAGAUCUACGGAAAUAGCGCUACUAGUUGGAAGCCAUGGACCGACUAUGAAUGUGUACAUAGCCAAAAUGACUGUCCCCACGACCCAUGUACUGCUAUUGUCCCAACUGAACCAUGGCCAGUCCACUACAGCCAAACCUGAAAUAAUUAAAUACAUGUACUGUACAUUUUCUUUUUUUUUAAAAAAAAGCAAACGAUUAUACCCUGAAGAAGAUGACAGAGUGACGUCACAGCUUGUGAAGCCUGUUCACCAAGUGCUGGAAUUUUCUGCAGCCCCCCUGCCCCUCCCCCCCAAAAAAAUUUGGAAGUGGGAGGAAAUUAAAAAAAAAAAAACCAGGACAAGAGAGAAAGAGAACUGAAUUAUGCAAGCAGCCCUUUGAGAGUAUCAGAUUGAGGAAAGCUUAUGUAUGGCUUAUUCUUUUUCCUAUCUUCUUUCUCCUCUUUUCUUUAUUUUUGCCCUUUUUGAAACUUUUGUUUUCCCUUCUUUCUGAUCCCUCCCCACCACCCCAAUAGGUAAUAAGCAGGGUUUUUUUUUUUUUCAUGUAUAGGGAAAACAAACAGUUGAUUGGUUCAUUGCUUCUUCCCGUUGUGCUCUUAAGUUUUAUUGAUGCUUGUAGCCAGGAUGUGAAAUUCUUUUCUAGGUUGUGGUGGAUCUUUUCACUAAGAAUUGGAGGGAGGAAAAUCCUUUUCAGCAGUUCUUUCCAUUCUUCCUUAACUUUAUAGACAUUUGGUAAGUGUUACAUAGAUCUUCUUCCAGUUUAGAUGAGGGGGAAGAGAACAAAACCCAUCCUGACAAAUGAGGAUCAACAUUCCUUUAUCUUUUCGUCAGAUCCAAUAGUUUACAGGCUACUCAGAUGCUGCACUUAUUCAUUUUAUUGGUGACGACAGUUCCAAAAAAAGCAACAAUCCCCCAUCAUGAGACAUUUCUGCCAAAUCUAAAGAGUGUACAAAAUGGCAAGAAGACACACAUAAAACGAAGACUGAGAGGCUUGAAAUAGGAUGCCCACAGUAGGGAAUCGUAUCAUUGGCUUGGAGAGCUUGAUGGUAUGGGUGGUGAGCCUUUUGUGUGUUCAGAUCUUGGGGAAGGAGACGAUAGGCCUUGAUGGGAGGUAGGCUCAGGUAAUCCCAACCCACCUGUGGUCCGUACAUUCCAAGUUUAAGCAAAACAGAAGAAUUGGAGCCUCUUUUUCUUCAAACCCAUGAUCAUAAGUCCAUUUGAGUCGCGCUGUGAAAAUCGAACCAAUGGAGAGAGAGAAAGGAUUUGUCUCAUUCUCAGUUUGGGCAAAUGUUUCUGCUACAACCUCUAUACAAAUUUUCCCUUGUUUUAUUCAGUAUAACCAAAUUCCCAGUUUGAAAGUAUUUCAGCCUUUGGGGACAGCGCUUAUUUCUUAUUUCUUUUUUCCUCUUCGUACAAAAACACAUUUGAAACCUCUUUACUAAAGAUUUUUCUGAAGUAAGGCAAGUUGUUUACUCUCUUCAAGAUAACUCACUGGAAAUUCUCCACAAAAGACAUAGAAGAGGAAGAACUGAGCAAUAUUUUCAGGAGGGGAUUAAGUUCCACUGGGCUGGUGGAAGUUCCCAGUGAAUGGCUCCUCAUAUUUUUUUUUAAGUCAAAGGAAAGGAGAAACAUCCCCUGGCAAAAACUCUUCGCUUCAUGCUUCUUUUAACUACCCAAUGAUUGAGCUUCCAUACUAGAAAAUAGUAUUGCACUAAUUUUUCCCUGUUGCUCCCCCAUUAUUAUUAUUACUAUUAUUAUUAUUUUUUCUAUGUGCUUGUCUCCUUUCUCUUCAUCACACCACCCUUCAAACUUAGAUUUAAGUAUAAGCUGCUAAAUGUUUUUCGGGAGAAAAUACGAUCACUACUUUGGAAUGUCUGUGUUUCUUAUAUCAAAUCUUGCUUUUCCUUCACUUUAACUCUCUGCUUGUGUCUGAUCACAAACGAUAGCAACAGUGGGACUUGUGUGUGUGUGAGAAAGUUCAGUGUAAAGGCUGACCUGUUCCAUUCUUGUUUGAUGCUCCGUGUCUUAUGCAGCUUCCAACUUCCUAAACAAAGAGGAGGUGUUCAGGGUUCGUUAAGGUUUCACCUGCUUUCUACCUAAAGGAAUGCUUUGUACUCAUUUGCUUUGCCGAAGCAUUUUGGAUCUCCUUUUCAGUCACAGCAACAUAGUGCAGAAAUACUAAAUUUCUAAUCUUUUCCAUUUUUGCUACUUCUUUCAGUAGGCAGCUCAGCAUAUAAACCCAAAGCUUGGACCUCUUCCUUUGAAGAUAUAAACUGAUUCCCUCUUUUAUUUGCAAAUUAGCCACCGUAUUGAAUUCUCCUUUUCCCUCCUUACAAUGAGGGUUGUUAUGUUUUGUUUUUUUGUUUUGUGUGCGUCUCCUUUCUUUUUAACAUCAGGCAAGGAAAUGCACACCAAAGCUUCAUUGACCCAGUUUAAGAUCCAUCUUAAGAUCGAAGUUCUAAGAGAGAAAACGCUGCUUCUGCAGUAACUCCAUUUUCUUUGUAAGACUUGGCUCAAUCUUCUAUAUUCCAUUGCGGCUUUUGCUAAAUCGGAGGACUGCAUCCUGCCCCCCUCCCCCGUCUUUAUGAAGUACAUUCUUUCAGCAUUGACUUCUGCCACCUCUGUGUACAAGCCCAGAAAGCAGAUCUUGAAGUAAGUCAAGUUUAUCUACUUGGUAAGAUAACCACAACCAUUUUUAGCUGAUUUAUAAUACACCAUCAUGGUUAUUCUUAAUGGGGGAUUUAUAAAGUAACACACAGAUUGCAAGUGAAGACAAGGAAGAUUUACACCCAUAAGGACAGUCGUUCCAUCCAAUGAUACCUCUGUAUUAAUUGUCUAUAAGGUUUGAGAAUAGGCUUAGGAGGUUAAGAAUAAUUUUCCCUGUAAAUUAUAGUAUGUAAGAAACUUAACCUGUUGAGUAUCUGGCACUUGAAAACCUUGCUUUUUACCGCUGGAGGUCCAGGACUGUGGCUGACCUCUGUCAUUAUUAAAAUAAUUUUUUAAAAGUUUAAAAUAUGUAAAAAAAAAAAUCUGUGCAAUAAUUUUAAACUGUGCUCCCAGGAAUAGACACAAAUGUGUUUUGGGGGGAUUUUUAUUUUGAGUAUAUUUAAACAGCAUUUUCUUUUCCUUUAGCAAACACAAAUGUCAAUUGCACUGAACUUAAAUCUUUUAAAAAAAAAAGUCAGAGGUGAUUCUUGAUAGUACUUUUGUAUUUUGAUAUGGACAGUCUGUUCGUUUUUCAUACAAGCUCUUGAACUGAUGUUUCAGCUUCCUUCAAAAAAAAAAGUGUAUAAAAACGAGAUGGUGUUUGAAGUCUUUUGACACAGCUGCAAGAUUCCACAGCAACGUUCAUAUUUCUGGUUUUGCAACUGUUUAGCUCUUGUUCUUUUGGUUGGUUGGUUUGUUUUGAUUCUAGCCAUUUAAGUAUGAUAUAGCAUGUAGACUUUAUUGAAGCUUCAUUAUCACAGCUGUGUUAUCAACCAAAUCCUGGGCUGAUUCCCCUCCUCCUUUCCUACAUAAUUUUGCUUUUAACACAAAAUUCAAGGAAGACUGUUAUUUUUUUUGUGGGCCAGAUGUUCAGUCUUGCUCUUGAGUUCCACAAGCCACAUUCCAAAUUCCCAAGUCCCACACCUGGCAAAAAGUAACUUCAUUCCCAUGGCCUGCAGACCCCUCCCAGGCUUUCUGUGUUUCAUGCCAUAAUAAACCAUUGCUGUUAAAAAGAGUAUUCUAUAGGAAAUAGGAUAGUAGGUAUUUUGGAGAUUAUUUUUCUUUUUUUUCUUUCAUCAGAUCUGUCCAUCUUUCUUCUCUCCCUCCGCACUGCAGCUUCCCUGUCCUUUAUCAUCCCAUAGCAUGGGUCAUUUGGGGGAGGGGAGGUUAAAGUGAGGAGAGGAGUUAGCAGCACAGCUUUAAAAAAACAACAACAACAUGUAUUGUGGUAGGGAAAAGGGCCAGCUGUAUUGUGGCUGUUUAUGUGAUAGGCAUUGAACUGAAAGCCUGGAGCUCUCCCAACUGAUGACUGCUAUCUUUUCAUCAAUGUGCCACAGUGCUGCCCCAAUAGUGAAUCGACUUCCUUCUCCUUUUCAGUAAGUCAAAACUUUGAGAAUGUGGUAUGAAAGGUGAGCACAAUAAAAAGAGCAAUUCAAACAGCCCAAGGCAGAAUAAACAGAAUGGAAAAUCCCCCCAAAACUGCCAUUCCUCAUUCCAGGAUACAACUACGUGUAAGGCCUCUCCACCUUGUAUUUUAUUUUCAACAUUAGCAGGCACUGUUGAGAGACAUAUCACAGUGUUCCUUGGCUAUUCUUUAAUUUGUCAUUCACUUUACCACCAUUGUUUUUGACUUGUGUGCCCGUGCAGGUUCUAAAAGCAGAAGUCUUGAUUGAACUAGUGAAGACGAAGUGGUCCAAUCCCUCUUCAUGCAACGUAGUUUCCCCCUAUUAAGAGUUCUUCCAGUUAAAAGACUUAAGCGACACAGCUUUAAUAAUAUAACUUUCCCAUGCUUUGAUUCCAUCCUGACACUAGUUAAAAGUCUAGGUCUGGCUUCCCCAAUCUGAUGCCCUUAAGAUCAUUGAUUAACAUCUCCCUGAAUUCCCAAUCCACCAUGACUAGAAAUUGAAUUUUGCCAAGACUAAGAAAGCUGAUUUAUGCAUGGGCGUGCCAUGGAGAAAAAUCUGAAAUACAGAUUGAAAUAGGCUUCAUGGCUGUUUUACCAGCCUGCAUAAAAUGAAUGUUCAUUCUUGAAAUGACACAGCCAGAAAAUGUUUUGAAGGUAAUAUUUACCAAUUACUACAGUAGUUGAAGUUAGUUGGAUUGUUUUAAAGUAGCUUGGCAUUUAACUUUUGGAUAACUUAUUUUGGAUAAGUUAAUCGUGGGGGGAAAAUUGGGAACAGCUGUUAACAACUUAGAACAAACUGCUAAGAUGUUUUGGGCGGCAAAAGGGUGAUGUGUUAAAAUUGAAUGAAAAUCCACUUCCCCUAUGGUCAAAUAAGAUAGUGACCAUUAGGAUGUGGUUAUGACAAAAUGUUUGGUUAUUUUCCUAGGUUAUUGGGUUAAAACUAGGGCAUCCUUCCCAACCUAGUUCCCAGAUUACCAAAUCGUGGGAAUAACUUCAUACAAUUUGCAGUCAUCUAGUAAAAAGUGGGCAGUUGUAGUUCUAAUAAACCUUGCGGCCACCAGCUGAAGGAAGGCUAUAAUUUAGGGUUCUUAAUGUUAUCUUUGAAAGCAUUACUUUGUUGAUCGGUUGUUAAAGUAUUUUAAAUUUACAAUGAGCCUGUAGCUCUGAGCCUCUUUCUGGAAACUUAGUACCAAAUCAGUCUGUGGUUUGGGAAGUAGGGUGAAAGUAAAAUACCUUGCAUCCAGAUAAAACAAAUUGAAGACUGUGUUGAUUUUGAUAGUAAGCUAAAUAAGAUUGAAAAAGACCAAAAGUUUAUACCAAUUUGAAUUUUAUUUACUGAUAUAUAUAUAUAUAUAUAUAUAUAUAUAUUUGCAGCGUUAAUGUGUUAAAAAAAACAGCAACUCUGUAUUUCCUAAGUUCAGGAGUAAAAAAAUAUAGAAACUACUUUCCAUAUUUUUAUGCUGCAUCGAUUGGUUUUCAGAAAGCAGCAAAACUGCAACAUCGCAAAAUGGUGAUUGGUCAGGUAUGGUUUUUAAAGUGGGGGGGGAAGAGAGAUAAGCUUAAAGCUACAGGCUUUCCGUGAAAUAUAUGUAAUUUCAAAGGAGGGGAAAGUGCAUUUGGAUAUUUAGACGCCCUUUUCCAAUUUUAGCUGCAGGAGAAGCUCUCAAAUUUGUUGCAUAAGAAGCAGUGACUAAGCAAGGGCACCUGGAAUAUCCAGUGAAAAUGGGGAGUGGAUUUGAAAAGUAGAAAAUGAUUAGCAAAAGGAAAGGAUUCUGAAUUUUCCCAAAAGGAGGGCAGCAUUGUGGCACAUGAGCAGUGGCCGAAUCUUCAUAGUUUUAUGUCUAAAAGGAUUGAUGUGCAAGCAUGCUGAAGGACCAGCGCGCACCGUAAAGAGCCCACGUCACCGUGUUGAUUUUAUUCUGUAUUGCCUUUUGACUCUUUGACCACCUCGCGUCAGCCGACCGAACCGCUGUCCUGCUUCUCUCAAAUAGCCUCCUUCCAAGCAUUCGUUCCGUUGGCUUUCUGUAUGUCAAGAUUUAUGUCCAGAAGUUGAACAGAGGGAGGAGGAAGACACCUAAAGAAAACUCUAGAUUCAGACAGCAGCAAAGGUUUUUUUUUUUUUUUUUUUGAGAUGAACUGCUUUGAACCUACUCUUCAGAGGAAAACCUACAGCUUUUCCGGUAUUUCCCCAGACAACAGACAGAUGCCUCAUUGUCAAACUCAUAAAUAAAUCACAGCCACAGAUGUCAAUGCUGUAAGACUUGUCCAGCAACCCUUACAACAAAGCCUCUGUUAGGUCUCCGUAUGUUGAGGUCUAUCAAACAAAAGCAUGAUUUGUAAUCAUCUCCUGGGCUGCUGCUUUCUUCUUCUUCUUCUUUCCCCCCCCCUCUUUUUUUUUCUCCACCUCCCUUCUUCCCAUUUGUGGAUAAAUUCAGGAAAAACCUUCUGUUUUGUUAACUGCUUCUCCAAGUAUGCUUUGCAAUCUUGUCUCUCGACAGGCUGCGGUGAACAGGUCAGUGAUCUAGAACACAAAAGUGGUCUCAGUUUUUGGGUUUUGUUUUUUUUUUCCCCUUUCUUCCUGCCGACGCUUUCUCCUUCUCUCCUGACUUUGACGUAGUUGUAAAAAAAAAAAAAAAGGUUGAAUCUGGAGUUACAAAUCAUUGGGGGGGAGGUCUACUUUGUGAUCCUAUCUCUAUAGCACUGGAUAAAAAAAAAUGUCUACGCCAUUUCUUCAAAGAUAUAUAUAUAUAUCCAGUUAAAUUACAAACUUAUACCAGUGUAAAACCAGCCCAUGUGAGAGGUUUUUUUUUUCCUUUGCUUUUCUACUUGUUCAGAAAGACUUUAUCAUUCAGUUUUCAUGAUUUAUUGUCUAAAGAAGACUGAUAUAGAUGUUCUAUGCUGUCCUGGACCCAUGUUAAUUACACCUUUUAUGAUGUACUUUGGUUCCACAUCACACUGAUUUUCUUUCCCCUCCCACCCACCCCUAAAAUUCUCUUUCUUAAUCCUUUUUCCAGGCACAUUUUUUUUCUGUUGCAGGUUUCCCUUCGCAUUGUAUUGCUCUGACAAGUGUAAUUUGAAUCAGAUCCGAAAGAGGUCCAGAAUAAAAUAUAUUUUGAUACGA